AUGAGCUUUCCAAUUCUGUUAAAUCUAAACAACCAAGUGGCUACUCACCAGUUCCGAUAUCGAUUCUCGCAGCCUAUCGACUUCAGUCACGACAUCAAUAACUACCUCCAAUAUUGGUCAAUCCAAAACAAUCUCUAUUUGACCAACAAUACGACUGGAACAAACUACUAUUUCAUUUCAUGCGCUGAGAACCCAUCGAGUUAUGCCUUGCAGUUUAGUAUGCAACCAGUCAAGAAUAUCACAGGAUACACUGCUGCUAGCGGAUUUCCAACGAUGCCAGCUACUGCAUACACGCCUCAGCUCCAAGUAGAUAAUUCUGCGUUCGGUUCUAUCAUUGGAUUCAGCCCAGCUACAUAUCCUGCCGCUCAAACAACUAGUGUUUAUGCAGUUAAUAGCAACUUGGUGCCUCAGAUAGAUCCGACAGCUGCUGUCGUGAUCACUUGUUCAAAUCUUUACAAUCCAAUUGCAAACAAUAAUCAAGUACUACACACAUUUACGUCUGCUGGGGUUGAGUAUGGGGGACUCAUAACCACCUCACAGGGACAAGGAUUAGCCUACUGCCCAAUGCAGGGUACUAAUUCGGAAUUGACUUUGUCAUUUCUAGAUCAGAACAUGAUCCCGCUUGGUAUCAUUGAUAACAACGUAUGUAUUCGUUUGUUGAUUCGACCAAAAAAAGGUAGUAGUGAAUAA